AAAGUAUAAAAAUAAAUAAUAAAUAAUAAGAAAUAAAAAUAAAAAUUUUAGUGUUAAUCUCAUAUUGAAAUGGCCAAAACUACGAGCGCCGCAAUAAAAAUGGACCCAAUGCGUGUAACGCUGGCGGAUAUUCAAAGAGGCAUUACAGCAAGUAAGCAGCUGGAUGACUUCAAAGCCUUUCCGACAACACUGCACUGCGGUCGCUCCUUGGUGGGCUCGCCCAAACAACAGCCGCAACACAUUAAAGUAACACUUCGGAAGACCAAUGAAAUACUGCUCUACGAACAGCGCAGCCUGACCGCCUUGGCCGACACAGACGAAGGCAAGGCAGUCGCAGCAGACAAUGAGCGCUACGAGUAUUUAACUUCCGCGCAGGGCAGACGACGACGUACCAUCAGCGCAGAGGCGCAAACUGCCGGCGUGCUCUAUAAAAGUCGCGAUGUGAAUACCGAACACAUACGCACGGAUAAUAUCGCCUCGUAUGUGUCGAACUUUGAGAUGUUCGACACGUACAAGGAUCUGCAGACAACAACGAAAAGUGUUGCCAUUGAUGAGCAUAAGAAAAUGGAGAUCACCACUUACAAAGUGGAGGGCAAAGACACAUUUAUCGAUAUUAAUCGACAGCCGAGUUUCCGUUUGGCGCUCAUGUUGACCAUGCGCGUCUUGGCCGGCAAUGUUUACGAGCAACAACAACGACGCUUUCGUAAUAUGCGUCUGCCAGAUCCGUUGGCAGCGGAGGUGCGCUACCGUUAUCGUGUGGAGUUGCUUUGGCGUUUUGAAUUGCCACAGGCACUGGCCGGCGACACGAAGAAAGCGGUCGCUGAUCUCAGCUGGUGUCCACGCAACGGCGACAUACUCGCCGUGGCUUAUGGUGUCUACAACUUUCGGGAUGACAAUGCAAAUGCCGAUGGCUGUGUUUGUAUUUGGUCCAUUAAAAAUCCCGUCAAUCCGGAGAGAUACUACAAAUAUCAAUUACCCGUUAUGACGGUAGAGUUCUCGCUGCAUAAUCCACAAUUAUUGGCCAUCGGCUUAUCGGAUGGCACCAUCGAGGUGCUGGAUAUAACGAAACUCGAAUCCGCCGCCAUUGCAGUGACCGAUCGACGCACCUUGCACAACUGUGAACCGAUUGUCGCCAUAAAAUGGAUCUCACGUAACGAAUUGGUAGGCGCCCGGUACACCAUUGAACCGUUUUUGGCGCUGUCACGUGACGGCUCUGUAACCAAGUACAGCAUUAUUAAUAGUCCACAAUUGCUGGCGAAUAAGCUGCUUUUGUUGAACCGCAUUGAAGCGCAGCCAGAAGGUAUACGAGUGGAGCGUAGCUUUGAGCUGCUGCAGGCCAAUCGUCAUCCGCAGGGCUUAAAUCUCUGCUUGAGUCCCACACAGAAUGAUUUGUAUUAUGUGCUCACAGAGGAGGGUUGCCUAUACAAGUGCUCAACUCAUUAUCCGCAACAGUAUUUAACGGUACUGCAAGUGCAGGAGGCGGGUGCGAACGCAAUGGAUUUUUCACCAUGGUCGCCGAAACUCUUUUUGACCUGCGGUAAUGAUUGGUCCAUAAAUAUUUGGCUAGAUGGCAUUUUCGAGCCAAUAAUCUCACUAAAGCAUCAUGAGGGUCCCAUACACUGCGCCUACUGGAGUCGCACGCAUUCCACAAUAAUUAUUUCAUUGUGUCGCAACUCCGUGGAUAUUUGGGAUAUCAAACAAAGCGUGCUCAAGCCGAUGUCAUCGACUAGCAUAAAUGGCGCCAAUUAUACGAGCUGCAGAUUGUCACUUUGCGGUCGCUCGUUAGCAGUCGGCAAUGAAACUGGUAAUGUUCUAAUGCUUGCCUUCGAAGACAUGCCUUUUCCCGCCUACUAUCAAUGUGAUCAAUUGGAGAAAGCAAUCUACAAUCUGAUAUCCAAUGAUAAGGAGAUGACGCAUAAGGUGAAAAGCCUCGGUUUCUUUGGUUAUGCCGAGCAUGUUAGAUAUCAGCCGAAGAGACGUCGUAGACGACGGAAGAAAAUACAAAAGGAGACAAAUUUAAGUGAUGAAAAUUAAAUUUUGACACAUGACAUAUGACAAACUUAAGCCUAAAGUUGGAUUUAUAAAAAUAUGAGAUAAAAUAAUAAAAAAGUUUUUUUUUUUAUUAGUAUUUUGAGGUGCUACUUUUUUAUAACCCAAAAGUCGAAAAAGUCUUUUCGUAUUUCUAAUCAAACUUAUUUUUUUUUUAAUUAUUAUAAACUUUAAUGAACCAAAUAUGUACCAUUUUAGUGGACCACUUUUUGUAAUUUUUCCGCUGGAGACAUUAUUCCAUCAAUGUAAAACUUUUCUGGUUUCUUGGCGAAAAACUUGUACAAGUAAUUUUCACAGGCUUCUCUUGAAGCCAACUUUACUCCAUUAAGGGAGUUCUGCAUUCACCGAAACAAAUAGUAAGCCGAUGGUGCCAGGUAGGGCUACAUGGUAGAUGCUUCAAAACUCCCAGACAAGCUCUCCCAGUUUAUGCCCAGGUCAUCAAAGAUUUGUAAGGUCAAGCGUUGUUCCUUUCUUUUGAUCAGUACUGACUAUUUUUUUCGAUUACUUGCUUCAAUCUCUUCUGUUAUUGACAGUAAAAUGUAUAAUCAGUCAUUCGAUCAGGCUGGAGUAGCUCAUAGUGAAUGAUUCCUAACCAAUCCCACCAAACACCCAACAUAACCUUUCGACGCGUCAAUCCUGGCUUUGCGACCAUUUGUUGAGCUUGAUCACGCUUAGACCAUGAUCUUUUUCGCACAUUAUUGUCGUAUUUGAUCCACUUUUCAUCUCCUGUUACCAAUCGCUUCAGAAAUGGUUCGAUUUCAUUUCGUUUCAGCGAAGAAUCGCAGAUGUUAAUUCGGUUCAAUUAAUUUUUCACAGACAAUUCAUGUGGUACCCAGACUUCCAGCUGCUUUUUGUAGCCAGCCAUUUUUAAAUGGUUCAAAACCAUUUGAUAAGGAAUGUUAAGUUGGUUAGUGAUGCCAUAACUGCUUAUGUGACGGUCCUGGUCAAUCUUUUCCAUAAUUUCAUCGACUUUUUCAACGAUAGGUCGGCCAGAGCUUCCAGAAAGGAAGCAAGCGAACCAUUGUCAAGCUAGACGAACUAAUACAGCAUCGCUUCCGUAAACUUCAUAAAUUUCAUUCUUCCCUUUUUAUAAAAAAAAUUUCAAAAUAUGUACAUAAAGCGAAUUUCUUCAUUAUUUUCACUCAUUUUUGAACAGCUGGAACUUUUUUUCAACUUUCCCAAAUUGUUUUUUUUUUAGGUUAAUAAAGCUUAAAAUCUCACCUUUCCAACACUGUAUGGUAUGACGCAAUGUGAUUGGUAGCACUGGAAAUAUAUACUGCAACGACAUCUUUUGACAAAAUACGAAAAGACUUUUUCGACUACCCAGUAUAUGGUGAAAAAUGGGAGAAAACCGGUAGAAUAUAUAUAGCAUGUAUACUAACGGCUCAUUCAAGUAGAGACACUUUUUUAAUAACAUUUGACAGAUAGCGUGUGAGUCGUGUCGAGCCGUCCACUAUUAUCCAGUACAUUCACGAAUUUUAUAAGAGCCAGUAGGAUAUAUCGGAGACCCUAUAAAUACGUAUAAAAAUGAUCAACGUUACGAACUGAGCCGCUUUAGCCAUGCCCGAACAACUGUCCGUCCGUCCGUCCUUAAGUAAAGGGUGAUUUUUUAAGAGCUUGAUAACUUUUUUAAAAAAAAAAACGCAUAAAAUUUGCAAAAUCUCAUCGGUUCUUUAUUUGAAACGUUAGAUUGGUUCAUGACAUUUACUUUUUGAAGAUAAUUUCAUUUAAAUGUUGACCGCGGCUGCGUCUUAGGUGGUCCAUUCGGAAAGUCCAAUUUUGGGCAACUUUUUCGAGCAUUUCGGCCGGAAU